ACUAAAUCCUUGUGCUUCCGAUCGCCAGUACGAGCUUGCGUGUUGUGGAAUGUUUGUUGCAGGCGACCUGCCUUUAUAUUGUCUAUAUAAGCCAGAAAACUCAUUCCGUAUCUUAGCAAUCAUGUAUCAGUCAAGAAGUCACUUUCCACGCAUUCUUCUCAGCAGUUCGAUAAAUCAACAACCAAAUCCCAGAAAUCCAAUACGCAAAUACACUACAAAACCAUGGGUAAUUCAAUCAGUCUAAUGCGGCAGACAUUCCCGGGGAAGCCGACCUUUACGGAGCAUAAUAUCCCUGACCUGACAGAUAAGGUCAUCGUUAUUACUGGUUCGAAUACAGGCAUCGGUAAAGAGAUAGCGACCUUGUGUUACUCGAAAAAUGCAAGGGUAUACAUUUUCGCGCGCUCGGAGCAGAAGGCACGAGACGCAAUAUCUACUAUCAAAUCAAGACUGCCAAAUUCACAUGGAGAGUUGAAUUUCAUUCAACUGGAUCUUGCGGAUUUGCCAAGCAUCAAACUCACUGCGGACAAGUUUCUUAGCCGCGAACAAGAGCUGCAUGUUCUCUUCAACAAUGCUGGCCUUGCAUUUCCUGAAAACGGAUCCAAAUCGAAGCAGGGCUACGAAAUACAGCUCGGCGUCAAUUGUAUCGGCACUUUUGCGCUCACCAAGUAUCUGACAUCGACUUUAAUAGCGACUGCGAAAUCAUCACCUCCGAACACCGUUCGGAUUGUUUGGGCUUCGUCUUCCGCUGCGCUAGCUAUAAGCCCAAAGAACUAUAUGAGUAAUGUUCUCAGCGCGGGAAAGAAGUCUCCAUCCGAUGCAUACUUCAUCAGUAAGCUCGGGAAUUAUCUUCAGGCAGCUGAGUUUGCUGCUCGCCACAAAACUGACGGAGUCGUAUCCGUUUCCCUGAAUCCGGGAAAUCUUGACUCGGAACUUUGGCGGACUCAGGGGCCCAUUAUGUCUUGGGUGCUCAAGAAGUUCGUGCUCUAUCCAUCAGUAUAUGGUGCAUACACGAACAUCUUUGCCGGCUUCUCGCCGGAAGUUACACUUGACAAGUCUGGUUCCUUCAUCGCCCCUUGGGGAAGAUUUUGGAAUGCCCCAAAGGAUAUGGUCAACGCUUCGAAACCAAAAGUCCUUGGUGGAACAGGCGCAGCAGAGCAAUUCUGGGACUGGACGGACGAACAGACCGAGUUGCAUCAGCCAAAGGCCUAGUGUAUAUUUGGCAGCGAAUUGGUUGCCACAGAGUUUUUCAGAGCAUUUUGAAUAAUAGUUGUGCGCUUAUAAUUUUCCCUGGAUUGAGGUAUGUCCAUAGACGGAUGAUAUGGAAGGGACUAAUAUGGCCAAUAUGGACUUACUGUUUAGUUACGUUACACCUCCGAAGAAUGCAAUAUACUGUCGACUUUAAUUGUAUGGAGAUAUAUAGAAAUAUGUUAAUAAAGGCAAAAUUGGAGUUUUUUCUUCUUCAAGAA